AUGUUAUACAAAAAUCUUAAUAUCUCUUUUGGAAAAUUUAAUCAAAGCUCAAUAAAUCCAAUGAAUAAUGAAAUAUAUUCUCAUGGUACUGGAAUCUCUAUCAAUCAAGGAACCAAUACUCUCGAGGCUAGCUAUAGAAAGUUCUCUAGCAAAGUUGGAAAAUUUGGAUAA